AAAUACUGGCAAUCAGUAACGCUGAUCCCUCGCAUUAAAGGAAUUUGUACGUGAAUUGAUCAGGAAGGUAAUCCCGCCUUUUCUCCUAUGGCGACCGUGAUUCUUCGCUCUCAAGACUUCCUUCGAGGUCGGUUCCGCUGUGAAGCUCUGACAGGAACACAUCCAUGCAAGGCUCGCCGGAACCCUAACCCUAACACUAACUCUGUUCACUUUCGUCGCCGAAAGCGGAGCCCUGGUGGUUUCCAGUCGUAUCAACUGCAAGAUCGAGAUCGUCGAGGCCGAUCUCAAUCGCGAUCCACGGUAGUGAAGUCCCCCGGCAAGGACCCUGUCAUGGGCCAGGUCAAGAUCCUGAAGCGCGGCGAAGUGUUGAGUCCCCCUGCUGCAAAGCCUUACAAAGAUUCGGAUCUGGUUCUGUUCUCUACGGACAGGAUUGGGCCUGCUCCGGAAACGAUGUGUAAGCAGGUUAGGGUUUCGAAAUUCAAGGUUGUGGAUGGGAUGUUUGCCGGAUCGGCUUUCUUUGCUUCACCACCGCCAAGUUCUCUUCCUGUGCCUGGUUUUUUGGGCAAAAAGAUUGAGGAGAAUGGUGUUGCAACAAGCAGCUUGAGGCGUUUGUUGGGGCUUGAUUUCGUUUAACGUGGUGAUUGAAAGACGAAACAGCCUUGUGGUUUGGUUUGAAAGUUGUGAUCAGGCUCGAUAUGGUUUAAUUAGGUGAUAGAUAGGAGACGGAGGUUUGUGGUAUUGUUUUGGUUUUAUGAUCGCAUGCCUGCUUUAUGAGCUCAUAAUCUUCCUUUAUUUUUUCAAGAGGAAUGGUUGCGAGUGCAAGCGAUUGAAGUAAAGGAGACCGCUUGAUGUUAGUUUUAGUUUUGAAUCUGCUCUGGGGAAGAGAAGAUCAUUUCUUGCUGGAAGGGGAAGAAAAAUUAGAUAAAUAGCUACGGUGUAUAUAUACCUUGUUGCCUGGUAACUGUUUCAACUUCUAUUGUUCUCUAAUUCUCUAUAUCUAGGUAGGCACUAGAUUGAUAUUUUGAGUCUGUAUUUCUGUAAGAUGUUUCUCCAUCGUCACUGUUAUGUAGCUGUCAUACUGGAUGCAAUAAAAUUGUUGAAGAAUAAAUUUCCAUAGUCAGUGAAAAAGAUUGUGUUUUCUU